GCCCGGGUGGCCUUCGGGACCCCGCUUUGUUCUGGGUGCCGUCUGGCGGCUGCGUCCCUUAGGUGUUCGUGGCCUCGUAACCAAAGCCCUAGACACCGGAGGCAAAAAGACAGCAGGAACUGACCCUCCCACUCCCAGUGACAGAGAGCCGGAGGUGACGUAGUACGUUAACGCAGCAGCGGCGACGGUGGUGGUGGCGGCGGCGGCCCGGCUGCGGAGGGCCCUUGCCGUGGUGUCCCGGCUAUCCCUUUGCAGUGUCUGAUCGGCGACUCCAUUUUCUUCGGUGGGGGCUUAGCGCAGCGGAGAAGCAGCGGCCUUCAAACAGUCUUGAAGGAGGCUGUGAGAAGCAGCAACAAUGUCUGAUUUUGUGGAAAGUGAGGCCGAAGAGUCAGAAGAAGAAUACAAUCACGAAGGCGAGGUGGUACCUAGAGUCACCAAGAAGUUUGUGGAAGAGGAGGAUGAUGGUGAGGAGGAGGAAGAGGAGAAUCUAGAUGAUCAAGACGAGCGAGGCAACCUGAAAGACUUUAUCAAUGAUGAUGAAGAGGAAGGAGAGGAAGAUGAGGGCAGUGACUCUGGGGACUCAGAAGACGAUGUUGGCCACAAUAAGAGAAAACGCCCAUCUUUUGAUGACCGCCUGGAAGAUGAUGAUUUUGACCUCAUUGAGGAGAAUUUGGGUGUUAAAGUCAAACGAGGACAAAAAUACCGACGUGUCAAAAAAAUGUCUGAUGAUGAUGAAGAUGAUGAAGAGGAAUAUGGCAAAGAGGAACACGAGAAGGAGGCCAUUGCCGGCGAAAUCUUCCAAGAUGAAGAAGGGGAAGAAGGCCAGGAGGCUGUAGAGGCCCCCAUGGCCCCUCCAGACGAAGAGGAGGAAGAUGAUGAAGAGUCAGAUAUUGACGAUUUCAUUGUGGAUGAUGAUGGACAGCCUCUGAAAAAACCCAAAUGGCGAAAAAAGCUCCCUGGAUAUACAGAUGCAGCCCUGCAGGAAGCCCAGGAGAUCUUCGGUGUGGACUUUGACUAUGAUGAAUUUGAGAAAUACAAUGAAUACGAUGAAGAACUGGAAGAAGACUAUGAGUACGAGGAUGACGAGACUGAAGGUGAGAUCCGAGUACGCCCCAAGAAGACCACCAAGAAACGUGUGAGUCGCAGGAGCAUCUUUGAGAUGUAUGAGCCUAGUGAGCUGGAGAGCAGCCACCUCACAGACCAGGACAAUGAAAUCCGAGCCACUGACUUGCCUGAGAGGUUCCAGGUAAGAAACCACGACAGCUGUGAUUACCUAGACCGUGGGCAGCCAACUAGUAGCUUCAGUCGAAAAGGGCCCAGCACAGUUCAGAAGAUCAAAGAGGCCCUGGGCUUCAUGCGGAAUCAGCAUUUUGAGGUGCCUUUUAUUGCCUUUUACCGAAAGGAGUACGUGGAACCUGAGUUGCACAUCAAUGACCUGUGGAGGGUGUGGCAGUGGGAUGAGAAGUGGACCCAGCUGAGAAUCCGCAAAGAGAACCUAACACGGCUGUUUGAGAAGAUGCAGGCUUAUCAAUAUGAGCAAAUCUCUGCUGAUCCUGACAAACCUCUUGCUGAUGGCAUCCGGGCUCUGGAUACUACUGACAUGGAGAGGCUCAAAGAUGUUCAGUCAAUGGAUGAACUGAAAGACGUCUACAACCAUUUUUUACUUUACUACGGCCGUGACAUCCCCAAGAUGCAGAAUGCUGCCAAGGCUAGCAGGAAGAAGCUGAAACGCAUAAAGGAGGAUGGCGAUGAAGAAGGUGAAGGUGAGGAGGCUGAAGAUGAGGAACAGAGGGGACCAGAGCUCAAGCAAGCCUCCCGGCGAGACAUGUAUACCAUCUGCCAGAGUGCUGGGCUAGAUGGCCUGGCCAAAAAGUUUGGCCUCACACCUGAGCAGUUUGGGGAGAACCUCCGUGACAGCUACCAACGACACGAGACAGAGCAGUUCCCUGCAGAGCCUUUGGAGCUGGCCAAAGAUUACGUGUGCAGCCAGUUCCCUACACCAGAAGCUGUGCUUGAAGGUGCCCGAUACAUGGUUGCACUACAGAUUGCCAGGGAGCCCCUCGUCAGACAGGUGCUGAGACAGACCUUUCAGGAAAGAGCCAAGCUAAACAUAAGCCCAACCAAGAAAGGUAGAAAGGAUGUGGAUGAGGCCCACUACGCUUACUCUUUUAAGUACUUAAAGAACAAGCCUGUUAAAGAGCUGAGAGACGACCAGUUCCUCAAGAUGGGCCUGGCUGAGGAUGAAGGGCUGCUCAUCAUUGACAUCAGCAUAGAUAUGAAGGGAGUGGAAGGGUAUGGUAAUGACCAGACAUAUUUUGAGGAGAUCAAACAGUUUUACUACCGGGAUGAGUUCAGCCACCAAGUACAGGAAUGGAACCGGCAGCGCACUAUGGCCAUUGAGCGAGCUCUGCAGCAGUUCCUUUACGUGCAAAUGGCCAAAGAGCUUAAGAACAAGCUGCUAGCUGAGGCCAGGGAGAGUGUUGUAAAGGCCUGUAGCCGAAAGCUCUACAACUGGUUGAGAGUGGCGCCCUACCGUCCAGAUCAGCAGGUAGAAGAGGAUGACGACUUUAUGGAUGAGAACCAGGGGAAGGGCAUCCGAGUCCUAGGCAUUGCUUUCUCCUCUGCCAGAGAUCACCCUGUGUUCUGUGCCCUAGUCAAUGGUGAAGGAGAAGUGACUGAUUUCCUCCGUCUGCCCCAUUUUACCAAACGGCGAACUGCAUGGAGAGAAGAGGAGCGGGAAAAGAAGGCUCAAGAUAUUGAAACCCUAAAGAAGUUUCUUGUGAAUAAGAAGCCUCAUGUGGUCACUGUCGCAGGAGAGAACAGGGAUGCCCAGAUGUUGAUUGAGGAUGUGAAGCGGAUAGUGCAUGAGCUGGACCAAGGCCAACAGCUGUCUUCUAUUGGGGUUGAGCUGGUUGACAAUGAGUUGGCCAUUCUGUAUAUGAACAGCAAGAAAUCAGAGGCAGAGUUCCGGGAUUAUCCACCGGUUUUGAGACAAGCCGUCUCCCUAGCCCGGCGUAUCCAAGACCCUCUUAUAGAAUUUGCCCAGGUGUGCAGCUCAGAUGAAGACAUCCUAUGUCUCAAGUUUCACCCCUUACAGGAGCAUGUUGUGAAAGAGGAGCUGCUCAACGCCUUAUACUGUGAAUUCAUCAAUCGGGUCAAUGAAGUCGGGGUCGAUGUCAACCGUGCCAUUGCUCACCCUUACAGCCAGGCCUUGAUCCAAUAUGUCUGUGGCCUGGGACCCCGAAAAGGGACCCACCUGCUGAAGAUUUUGAAACAGAACAACACUCGACUCGAGAGCCGGACUCAGCUGGUCACCAUGUGUCAUAUGGGUCCCAAAGUCUUCAUGAAUUGUGCUGGCUUCCUCAAGAUCGACACUGCUUCUCUGGGGGACAGCACCGACUCAUACAUUGAAGUUCUUGAUGGCUCACGAGUCCACCCUGAAACAUACGAGUGGGCCCGGAAGAUGGCAGUGGAUGCCUUAGAAUACGAUGAGUCUGCCGAAGAUGCCAAUCCUGCGGGAGCCCUUGAGGAAAUCUUGGAAAACCCAGAGCGACUGAAGGAUUUAGACCUUGAUGCCUUUGCAGAAGAACUGGAGAGACAGGGCUAUGGUGACAAGCACAUCACACUCUAUGACAUCCGAGCAGAGCUCAGUUGUAGGUAUAAGGACCUCCGGACAGCCUACCGCUCUCCAAACACAGAGGAGAUCUUCAAUAUGUUAACCAAAGAGACGCCAGAGACCUUCUACAUUGGAAAACUCAUCAUCUGUAAUGUUACGGGCAUUGCUCACAGGCGCCCACAGGGUGAGAGCUAUGACCAGGCCAUCCGAAAUGAUGAGACAGGGCUGUGGCAAUGCCCCUUCUGUCAACAGGACAACUUCCCUGAGCUAAGCGAGGUCUGGAACCAUUUUGACAGUGGAUCAUGCCCUGGCCAGGCCAUUGGCGUGAAAACACGGCUAGACAAUGGCGUCACCGGCUUCAUCCCUACCAAAUUCCUCAGUGACAAGGUGGUGAAGAGGCCAGAGGAGCGAGUGAAGGUGGGGAUGACUGUUCACUGCCGGAUCAUGAAGAUCGAUAUUGAAAAGUUUAGUGCAGACCUGACCUGCCGGACUUCGGACCUCAUGGACAGGAACAAUGAGUGGAAACUGCCCAAGGACACCUACUACGACUUUGAUGCAGAAGCUGCAGACCACAAGCAGGAAGAGGAUAUGAAAAGAAAGCAGCAGCGGACCACAUACAUCAAGCGAGUGAUUGCACACCCAUCCUUCCAUAACAUAAAUUUCAAGCAAGCAGAAAAGAUGAUGGAGACCAUGGACCAAGGGGAUGUUAUCAUUCGGCCCAGCAGUAAGGGUGAAAACCACCUGACAGUGACCUGGAAAGUCAGUGAUGGCAUCUACCAGCACGUGGACGUGAGGGAGGAGGGCAAGGAGAACGCCUUCAGCCUGGGAGCCACUCUGUGGAUCAACAGUGAGGAAUUUGAAGACUUGGAUGAGAUUGUUGCCCGCUAUGUCCAGCCCAUGGCUUCCUUUGCUCGAGACCUUCUCAACCACAAAUAUUACCAGGACUGUAGUGGUGGGGACCGAAAGAAAUUAGAGGAGCUGCUCAUCAAAACUAAGAAGGAGAAGCCCACCUUCAUCCCUUACUUCAUCUGUGCCUGCAAGGAACUGCCCGGCAAGUUCCUCCUGGGAUACCAGCCCCGGGGUAAACCCAGGAUAGAAUAUGUAACAGUGACUCCUGAAGGAUUCCGGUACCGGGGCCAGAUUUUCCCAACUGUGAAUGGACUCUUCAGGUGGUUUAAGGAUCAUUAUCAGGAUCCUGUACCAGGCAUCACUCCCAGUAGCAGCAGCAGGACACGGACCCCCGCUUCUAUCAAUGCCACCCCAGCCAACAUCAAUCUUGCAGAUCUGACACGGGCUGUGAAUGCCCUGCCUCAGAACAUGACUUCACAGAUGUUCAGUGCCAUUGCUGCUGUGACAGGCCAAGGGCAGAACCCCAAUGCUACCCCAGCCCAGUGGGCAUCCAGCCAGUAUGGCUACGGCGGCAGCGGAGGAGGCAGCAGCGCCUACCAUGUGUUCCCAACGCCAGCCCAGCAGCCAGUGGCCACACCACUAAUGACCCCAAGCUACUCCUAUACAACCCCGAGCCAGCCUAUUACCACCCCACAAUACCACCAGCUCCAGGCCAGCACCACCCCACAGUCUACACAGGCCCAGCCCCAGCCUUCUUCCAGCUCCCGUCAACGGCAACAGCAGCCAAAGUCCAACAGCCAUGCAGCUAUCGACUGGGGCAAGAUGGCCGAGCAGUGGCUACAGGAAAAGGAGGCAGAACGACGGAAACAGAAACAGCGCCUGACCCCACGACCCUCUCCCAGCCCCAUGAUCGAGAGCACCCCCAUGUCCAUUGCUGGCGAUGCGACCCCACUCCUGGACGAGAUGGAUCGGUAGGGGGCCUGUUCCUCGGACUCUGGUUACCUCUGAAGCUCCAAAAGGCCUCCCCCCUUAUGGCCUCACUCCCUGCCCCUCUUUUAUUGUCCAUAAAGUGGCGUGAAACGACGUUCUUUUUAGUGGUCAGCCUGGCUGGAUGGCAGGCUGGGUUAUGGCCUUGUGAGGCUGGUGUGCACCGGGCAGCAGUUGUCCCACUCCAGGCUUGUGCUAACCACCUGUUCUGGGGCCAGGCUGGGAGAGGAGUGUGGCAGGGAGGAGAGCAAAGGUGGAGUGGUCUCUAAUGUCCCUGGAAGCCCUCACCUGAGACAGGCCCUCAUAAGGCAUGAAGCUCAAUUGUCUAUGUCCCUAGCCCGUGUGGGGACAUCGAUACUAUUUAUUCAGUUUGGGGCAGGAGGAGGGAGAGGAGGGAAAGUGGCUCUGGUCCUGAUGGCAAGACCCUGGCUGCCAAAGCAGGACUGUGAGGGCCAUGUGGAGCAGUGCUGAGCUGCCAGCCCCUGCCUGCCUGCCUGCCUGCCUUCCCUCAUCACCUCAGCACCUGCUUCUCGCCUGUCAUUUGAAUAAACAGUGUUUGUACAGAG